GUCAUUGCCGCCCAGUGCUCAUAGUAAAGAAGCAAAGUGAUCGUUUCUAGCUCAUCAUGUUUGUUGCAAACAUAAUAUUGGGCUUUGUGUUGGUUUUGAUUUUAACAUCGAAGGUGUACAGUACUGAGCCAAAUGUAACAGAUAAGAAUUGCGGUGGAUUUGCAUUUGAAAUGUUAGUGACUAAGCUAGAAUAUCUUCAGCACACACUAAGCGAGAUGGAUGCCGCGAUGAAGCAUACCGAAAAGACACUAUUUCAGGCAAUAAAUCAGAUAGGUCAAACAGUUGACCAGAAGCUGUCACAUCAGGAAAACCUGACGCAAGGCUGAUUAACAGUCAUCAAUCAGCAAAGCCAGACAAUGGUGAACAAUCUUACCACAUGCAGAACCAUUUCAAUCACAUGUUUUCGAAUCAUAGCUGGUCGAUAAACGAACUGAUGUGGAAUGAGAUUAGAAUGCUUGUAUCGAAAAACGAUGUACCACGAUCUAAGAUCGAUUCCGGUGACCAUCCUCAAGCUGUAACGUUUCGAUCGUGCAAGGAAAAUCCAUCGCAGCUGUCCGGCAAGUACAUCAUUCAGUCUACCGAAGCCGAUGAACCGUUCCUGGGAUAUUGCGAACAGACUGCAUUUGCAGGAGGUUGGUUGGUGUUUCAGCAUCGUUACGAUGGAUCGGUCGGCUUUUACCGCAACUGGACCGAGUAUCGGGACGGGUUUGGAAGCAUUGAUGGGGAGUUCUGGCUCGGGUUGGAGCAGUUGCACCGUUUGACGUCGGCACGAGUGUACGAGCUCUUGGUGGAGUUGAAAGAUUUUUCUGGAAACUACAUGUAUGCACGUUACGAUGAAUUCGCGAUCGGAAGUGAGGCGCAGCAAUAUCAGCUAACGAAGCUGGGAUCGUACAGCGGUACGGCAGGAGACUCAUUAAUUUAUCACAAAGACGCGAAGUUUUCGACGAGGGAUCGAGACAACGAUGACAAUCAGGGGGGAAACUGUGCUUCCCGGUGCAGCGGAGCAUGGUGGUACAAGAACUGUGCCGAUUCCAACCUUAAUGGCGUUUAUAUGAGAGAAAACGGAGCCAAAGCAAUGAGCUGGUACCACUACAGAUUAUCUAGAUUUGGUUUAGCUUACUCAAGACUGAUGAUUCGUGAAAGACAACAGAUCAAUAAAAGAAAUGGAUAAAGUAUCAGUGAUGGUUCGUUUUUAUUUUGAGUUAUAUAGCUUGAAAAAAGAAGCAGGCAGAUAGUUAAGUUAAGGAUAAUCAUAUAGAUAUAUCCUAUCGCAUGGUUAAUUUUAUAUUCCAGAUUGUUUGAUUUGGAUCGUACAUAAGUUGCAUUUGUGUGGAAUGAUCGAACAAAAAAUGAAAGACAAUAAUAUUGCAAUGGGAUCGCGCUACAAACGGGAGAUAAGAAAUUCAUUCCUUGGGGAAAUAACCGUCGGAUGUGCACACUGUAGCUGCUUCUCGAUCUUGUUGGAGAAUGUAAAACUACAGUCGUUGCCGCAAAAUUUUGACUCUAACCCACCUAUUUUCGACUAAAUAAUGACUAUAGAACUAAAAAAAUAUAUUUUUUCUCUUAAAGCAAACAGAUUAAACGGGUUUUGUAUUGUUGAGGUGAUUUUAAAUUACAAUUGUCAAAAAUCUGCUCAAAUACCUUGUAAAUUUGUCAUGAUUCCUACAAGAGUUGAAAAGUGAUGAGUUCUAGACAAAAUAGAUGCGUUAGAGUCAAAAAUUGAUGCGGACUGUCACAAAUUGAUGCCUUAGAGGCAAAAAUUGACGCGCACUGCCUAUUAUUGAUGGCUGAGAGCUAAAAUUAGGUGGCAACGACUGUAUUAUUUGCACACCCAUUGAGGGUUAAUGAGCGAGAUAUAUUGGAGUGCGUAUCAGCAUGUCAGCACUCUCACGAGAAUUGCCAACCUCAUUUACCCGCAUUACCAUUGUGAUUAGAGAUUACUGCAAAUUGUGUAUAAUACGAGCAUUUAAGUAUAUUCAAUACCAAAUCCAUCCGCUGAAAUAAAGACUUAUUUUUUAUUUUU